AUGUCCGACUCCUCCCCGCGGCGCAAACUGCCAGAAUGGUGUCGCAAGGCGCUAUGGCAUUCGACCUCCGGUUUGGUUGUCUGCUCAUCCGACCGCAGCCUUCCUCUCGAAGCCGCUGGCGACGAAACGGAAGACUUGGAUUUCACCAAACCCAGAAAGGUGUCGGACGACAACAUCUACCUUGCGUUCGUGCUGGUCCAGCACUACGGCUGUGGAGAACUCUUCUCUGCCAUCCAACUGCUCGGUCCCCAUCUCUCUGCUGCGAUAGAACCGAUUCCCUUCACCGACCCUCCUCGCUAUGCUCUGAAGUCGGAGUAUAUGGAUGCCUGGAUUGAUUUGGAAAACGCCCUCCUCACCAUAUGCUAUGAGCUCCUCGACAAGCACACCCAAAGCCACCAAUUUCCAAAGAUGAGCUACCCGAUGUGGCCUUACCAAUACGGCUACCGGGAGGGGCACGAUUCCAGAGACCUCGCAGUAACCGCUUGUCGGAAUUCACGGAACGCCUUUCAGGUUUUGGCCGGCUAUGCAACCUUCACCUUUUCCCUUUGGCUCGGCAAGUAUGAGGCUACCUGUUUCGACGAUGCAUUCGUGUAUCUGGCAGGGAUGGAUACCCAGCCGUUCCCGCAGUCCUACCUCACCCUCCUUCGACACACAGUGGUCUGCAACCUCGCACCAUAUCUGCACGCAGGUUGUUUCCUCAACCCUUACACGACAAAGUGGGCCCCGUUUCUCAAAUGUUUCACAAGGGCAAACACCCCUGUGUGGCUUCUAUGGGGCCAUGACUACAACAAGACCAAGACCGUUGACCCCUACAUGCAGAAGUACUACCUCCCCCCAAACCACAUCGUAGACCUAGCUAGGUCCGAAGCCUCCGCCCUCGCCGAAGAGACGAAACGCCGGGCUGCGGCGUUUGCUUCUAUUCCUGCACCAACGAGAGAUGCGCCACUUCCACACUUCGCCACUGCAUUCAGCGGCGAUGAGGACGGACUCCAGGAGCCCCAGUACAGCACCGCACCAGCGUCGGUCAAUCCCAUCGACCGCACUCUCAUCGUAGAUAGACGCUCGCGCCAGCUUCGGGGUGAAAACUGGAGCGCGUUCUUCCGACGCAUGGAGGAUGCUCUGGAGACAAGGAGGCGAGAGGAGACCCCCGAAGAACGAGGUAGACGAGAGGGCAUCGAGAAGCAGGCUCUCCAGAAUGGUUACACCGCCAAAACCCCCAUCUUCCUGUGGGAGCAGGAUGAAGUCGACACCACGUUCUGGCGCCGAACCCUCCUUCCAAAGGCCAAAAUCGAGAUCAACUGGGGCAACUACUCGAAAUUUCAAAGGAAAUUCUGGUCGCACAUUCGAGAGUGGGACCUCUGCCCCCAGCUUCCUCGUUUUCCAGAAGGAGUCAACCCAAGAGACUUUGAGACGCCCGUCGAAGAGAUCGACGAUGUCGAAGAUGAGAGGUACAACUUUCUGUACUCGAAGCCCACCGUUCCUCCGAAGAAACCGCAGGACAAACACACAGAGAACUUCGCCUCUCGACUGCUCGCCUCCGUCCGAACGGCCAUCGCCUACGACGAUACAUCCGACUCUGCCUUUUCUCUUUCUUUCCACUCUCUCACAGCCCACCUCCGGAUUCGGCAUGGUUUUGACGCGGAGUCGGAGAAGUCUUGGACUCCGGCGCUCCACGACUCUAAGAACGCCACCUACAUCGAAAGGGGCAGCCCAUUACGGCGGCUCCAGUAUGAGAGUUAUCCGAACCUAGUGCCUGGACAAAAUCAAAAAGAGGUCCGGGUGUCCAUUCUCGACUUCUACGACACCGCCAUCGCUGUGAAGGAGAAGGAAACCUCUUACAGAGACCUACCCGACAGCUGGGAUAUAGCCAGGUCCCUCAAAAUCAAAUUUUUCUCUGUUCAACUUCAACGCGUCAAAUGCCAUCUUCCCGACUUCAAGGAGAUCUUCAUCCUCAGGCCCGCAGGUCGCUCGAAGGCCACCUCCUCAUGGUUCGUGGCUAUACCUGAGGCCACUGUCGUUCUUCUCGUUUACCGGUCUGGGUGGGCAACAAUGCGGGAGAUCGCUCAGGGUCUGCUGGGGCUAGGAGUUCGAUUCUACACAGUUCUUGAGGCCAAGAAGAAGCCGGAAGAGGAGCGGAGUUGGGAGAUGAUACCCUUAGGGCUGGGUUCCAGGCCCAACGACUUCCACCCCAGCCAGGAGGACUACCUGUCCUACCUCGCGGCCAGAGACCAGGUGCUGAGGAGCAGAUACGGCCGCGCCAUUCGCCUCGCUGGGGGCAUCGCAGGUAGGAUAGCCACCGAAGUUGUGCCGGAUGUCGAAGUUCUCGAUGGCCCCAUCGUUGGCGAUGCACUUAUUGGCAGCCAUGGAGACAGCUUCUUCGUCGACGAUACCGUAGGGGAAGAUGUGCUCGACAUUGUGAGCGGUGUCUACUACGUCCAGAAAGCGCAAGGGUCCGGAAGACCUAGCCAACAGUCCUGGUGGCCGAAACAAAACUCUUGGCAGAGGAUGGGGUUUAGCGAGGUGCAGUGGCAACCAGACGCGGAGGCCUUCUACCAAAAGCGCCAAACUGCUCUUCGAAAUGGAGAGUACACCCUCAGGAAAGCCACAGACUGGAGGGAGAAGUUCAAGUACGAUCGGAAGUUCACAGCGCGGCUUCAUGAAGGUAGUGAGGCUCUCGCGCGCGAGUUCCUUAGGCACAGCAGCAGAGUCGGCUGA